AUGACAGAAUCCAAACCCCUCGUCUUCUACGACAUCUCCUCCCCAAUCCAGCCCCGCUCCUACGCACCCAACCCCUCCAAGGCCCGCCUCGCCCUAAGCUUCAAGGGCGUACCUUUCAAAACAACCUGGGUCGAUCUCCUCGACAUCUCCACCGUCCGCAAGGGACUGAAUUGCCCAGCCACACGUAAGCUAGACGAUGGAUCCGACUUCCACACCCUACCCAUGCUGCAAGAUCCGUCCGCAGACAAGGUCAUCGGAGACAGUUUCGACAUCGCCAACUAUCUCGAAGACACGUUUCCGGACUCUGGUGGCUGUUUGUUUCCUGAAGAGUCAACUCACACUGGACUUGACUACGAGAGUCCGAACAAAGACACCAUGUUCUACGCUCCCCUCACAUUGAACGAAGGGGCCAAACACAAGGCGUAUGCAAAGUUCAACACCCACGUUGACGCUACGUUCUCUGCUCAUAUAGUGCUUGUUGCUCAGUAUAUGCCUUUCAACCCUGAGACGGCAGACGCCGUCAAGGCACAGAUGAGCAAACGUGCUCACUUGGAUUCCUGGGACAGUAUCUGCAUUCAAGGCGAGGCUAGGGAGCAGCUCAAAGUAGCAUUCAAGGCGGCGCUGAAGUCGCUGGCAGAUCUAUUCAUGGUUCAUGAAGAGGGGCCGUUCUUGGAGGGUGAGACGGCGAACUACGCGGAUCUCAUUGUGGGUGGAUGGGUGAACAUGAUGGCUUCUUGUAUGCCUGCUGAAGAAUGGGAUGAUUUUAGGAUGUGGCAUGGAGGUGUGUUUGGAAGGUUGCAUGAUGCGUUGCAGGAGAAGUACUUUGUGUGCGUAUAG